GCUAUUGUGGGUGAUUUAGCAAUAGCAGGUUCAUUCCUAGGAGGCGUCAUCUUCCCAAUAAUGGUGAUCCGCCUGCUUCCCAAAGUCGGCUUUGGCUGGACGAUGAGAAUUUGCGCUUUCUUCAUCCUCGGCCUGCUCAUCAUCAGGAACUUGACCGUCUCAUCUGACCUCCAACACCAUCCCAAUCCUGUCAAAAUGAAUCAUUAC